GCUGGAGAUUGCGUUGGUUGGGGCUGCUACUGGCAGUCAGAAAGCUCUCCUAAGGAACGAUUCUAUUCUCUUGCUAACCCUCGAAAAGCUUCUCUCCUUCCCCACCAGAACAGAGAGUCUUUUCUCCGUGGGGCUAGGAGGGGAAUCCAGCGCUCCUCUCUAUCGGUUCCUUUAUCCCUUCCUUCCUGAAUCAUUAGUGCUGCUCGCCUUGAAAAUAAAAACCCACAGAGCUAAUGUAAAGUGAAACGCAUCAAAAAGGCAAAAGAGCUUGAACCUUGCAACCAGCCAUUGAGUAGUCUGUCUCCUCCACCCAGUCUUUCUCCAAACCCGGGCAAAAAUCCCCGUUGAGGAGAACAUAAACUGGGGCAGCACUGCACGCUUUUAAUUACAUAAAUUCCAGAGUGGGGAUCCCUCCUCUUCAGCAAUAUCAAAACGCAGAGGGGAGCAUAGUCCCAUGCGUUCACUCUCUAAUCUGGGAUGGUUUGCACUGCACGCUAUUCACUAGGAUUAAGAGGAAGUUUGUGGGUUUUUUUUUUUAAAUCGUGUAAAACAAUAUUUUCAUUUUAACUUUAACUUUAUGGGAUAGGGGAGGGAAGAGAGGGGGCGAGAAUAGAGAGCGAGGGACAGAACAUCCCUACAGGAGGCAGCUCCCUUUCAGAUAGGAAUCUGGGACAGAUUUUGCCAACAGCCACAAAGCAUGGCCCUUUGGUAAUAGAAUAGCCAAUGUAAUUUGACACUUCAACUUGCUGUGCUCUCUGCUAGUUGAUUCACUUACUCACCCACUAACAUUGAGCUCCUUUUCACUGUCUGUAUAGGGGGGGAGCAGGAGAGAGAAACCGCUUUUAAAUGAAAAAUAUUUUAAAAGCACCUGAACAGAGCUGCCAAUCAGCUGGGGAAAGAGGAUUUUUGCUGCCUGCUUCCUUAUUAUAUUUCUUACUGCAAGCCUGCUGUGCAAUCUAGAGAGAGUGCGAGCAAUUUGCUCUACAAGAUCCAUUUGUCGUCAAAUUACACGUCUUGCCAGCAGUGUCCGACCAGUGACUCAGACCAGACACAUAGUUUAUUCCUAAAUGCUGAACAGUGCAAAGGAAAAUGGAUCGUGUUAUGUGAAGGCACUGAGAAAAUAGUCAUCAGAUCCUGAGAGGAAGAAGGCACUUGUGGAACUCAGAUUGAGGGAUUUUAAUGGCUUUCAGGUAGAAGCCAAGUGGAGACAAUCAAAAUGAAUUCUAUGGACAGGCACAUACAGCAGACCAAUGACCGGCUGCAGUGCAUAAAACAGCACUUACAGAAUCCUGCAAACUUCCAUAAUGCAGCUACAGAGCUCCUGGACUGGUGUGGAGACCCGAGAGCUUUCCAGAGACCUUUUGAGCAGAGUCUGAUGGGCUGUUUGACGGUUGUUAGUCGAGUGGCAGCACAGCAAGGAUUUGACUUGGAUCUUGGAUACAGGCUACUGGCCGUAUGUGCAGCCAACAGGGACAAAUUCACUCCAAAAUCAGCUGCGCUGCUUUCGUCGUGGUGUGAGGAGUUGGGACGGCUCUUGCUGCUUCGUCACCAGAAAAGCCGGCAAAACGAUCCUCCCGGGAAGCUACCCAUGCAACCCCCCAUGAACUCUAUGAGCUCCAUGAAACCCACGCUCUCUCAUAGUGAUGGGUCUUUCCCCUAUGACUCUGUUCCUUGGCAGCAAAACACCAACCAACCACCAGGUUCUUUAUCAGUGGUCACUACAGUAUGGGGUGUGACUAAUACCUCCCAAAGCCAGGUGCUGGGAAACCCAAUGGCAAAUGCCAAUAACCCUAUGAACCCAGCAGGAAACCCCAUGGCUUCUGGGAUGACUACAAGCAACCCUGGCAUUAAUUCCCCUCAGUUUGCUGGGCAGCAGCAGCAGUUUUCAGCCAAGGCAGGCUCCGCUCAACCCUAUAUGCAGCAGGGCAUGUACGGGAGACCCAACUAUCCCGGAAGUGGAGGCUUUGGCGGGAGUUACCCUGGUGGCCCAAAUACUCCUGCGGGAAUGGGGAUCCCUCCACACACGAGGCCGCCUGCAGAUUUCACUCAGCCGGCUGCAGCUGCCGCCGCAGCUGCAGUUGCAGCUGCAGCUGCCACAGCAACAGCUACAGCUACAGCCACUGUAGCAGCCCUUCAGGAAACCCAGAACAAGGACAUGAACCAGUAUGGACCGGUUUGUUCCUCUUUCCAGAUGGGUCCAACUCAGGCUUACAACAGCCAGUUCAUGAAUCAACCUGGCCCUCGCGGCCCUGCUUCUAUGCCAGGCAGCAUGAACCCAGCGAGCAUGGGAGCCGGAAUGACGCCUUCCAGCAUGAGCGGGCCACCUAUGGGUAUGAGCCAGCCGAGGCCCCCUGGGAUAAGCCCCUUCAGCAGCCAUGGGCAGAGGAUGCCGCAGCAAGCUUACCCAGGUCCACGCCCCCAGUCUUUGCCUAUACAGGGCAUGAAGAGACCGUACCCAGGAGAGCCAAAUUACGGAAACCAGCAGUAUGGACCAAAUAGCCAGUUUCCUACCCAGCCUGGUCAGUAUCCAACUCCCAACCCUCCAAGACCUCUUACGUCUCCUAAUUAUCCUGGACAGAGGAUGCCUACCCAGCAAAAUACAGGGCAGUACCCACCUCCAACAGUCAACAUGGGACAGUAUUACAAGCCAUCAAGGCCUGUACCUGUGGCAAAUUACCCUCACUCACCGGUUCCAGGAAACCCCACACCACCCAUGACUCCAGGGAGCAGUAUUCCACCAUACCUGUCACCUAACCAGGAUGUCAAACCACCAUUCCCACCUGACAUUAAGCCAAAUAUCAAUGCUUUACCGCCACCGCCAAAUGCUAAAGGGAAAGUUCACACUUUCUCUCCCUCUUCGAUCCCAGCCAACCACAACGAUGAGCUGCGUCUGACAUUCCCUGUGAGAGAUGGGGUGGUGUUGGAGCCCUUUCGGCUGGAGCACAACCUGGCAGUCAGUAACCAUGUCUUUCACCUACGGCCAACCGUCCAUCAGACGCUGAUGUGGAGGUCUGACUUGGAGCUGCAGUUCAAGUGCUACCACCACGAAGACAGACAAAUGAACACAAACUGGCCAGCAUCGGUCCAGGUCAGCGUUAAUGCAACCCCUCUUACCAUUGAACGUGGCGACAACAAGACAUCUCAUAAACCUCUGCACCUAAAGCACGUCUGUCAGCCGGGAAGAAACACAAUUCAAAUUACAGUCACAGCAUGUUGUUGUUCACACUUGUUCGUGUUGCAGUUAGUGCACCGGCCAUCAGUUCGUUCUGUGCUUCAAGGCUUGCUAAAGAAACGUCUUCUCCCCGCGGAACAUUGCAUCACUAAGAUCAAGAGGAACUUCAGCAGCGUGGCAGCCUCCUCUGGCAACGCAACACUAAAUGGUGAGGAUGGAGUGGAGCAGACAGCUAUUAAAGUGUCUCUGAAAUGUCCAAUCACAUUCCGGCGAAUCCAGCUCCCAGCGAGAGGCCAUGAUUGCAAGCAUGUACAAUGCUUUGAUCUGGAAUCUUACUUGCAACUGAACUGUGAACGAGGAACUUGGAGGUGUCCUGUAUGCAAUAAAACUGCUCUACUGGAGGGCUUGGAGGUCGACCAGUAUAUGUGGGGUAUUCUGAAUGCUAUACAAAACUCUGAGUUUGAAGAAGUUACAAUCGAUCCAACAUGCAGUUGGAGGCCAGUCCCUAUAAAGUCAGAUAUUCACAUCAAAGAUGAUCCAGAUGGCAUUCCUUCCAAGAGAUUUAAAACCAUGAGUCCCAGCCAGAUGAUCAUGCCAAAUGUGAUGGAGAUGAUUGCAGCUUUGGGUCCUGGCCCGUCACCUUACCCAUCCCUUCCACCUCCACCAGGGGGCAAUAACUCCACUGAGUAUGGUAACCAAGGCAACAGUUACCAAGGUCAUGGCAAUUUUGAUUUCCCUCAUGGGAAUCCUGGUGGAACUUCUAUGAAUGACUUCAUGCAUGGGCCACAGCUGUCUCACCCUCCAGACAUGCCCAGCAGCAUGGCAGCUCUUGACAAACCCCUCAGUCACCCCAUGCAAGAAUCAAUCCCUCAUCCUGGCAGCACUGAUCAAUCCCAUAGUUCCAUGCAGCAAGGUUUGCACGUACCUCACCCCAGCAGCCAGUCAGGGCAGCCAUUACAUCACAGUGGUCCUCCUACCCAGCAGUCCCGGCAGCCGCCACAGGCCGCUUCUAGCAACCAUCCACACAGUGACCUGACUUUUAACCCCUCCUCAGCCUUAGAAGGUCAGGCUGGUGGACAGGGAGCAUCUGACAUGCCGGAGCCCUCACUGGAUCUGCUUCCAGAACUCACAAAUCCAGAUGAGCUGCUUUCAUACCUAGAUCCUCCCGACCUGCCAAGCAAUAGCAAUGACGACCUUCUCUCUCUCUUUGAGAACAACUGAAACCCUAUGUAUUUUCCCCACUCCCUCACUUGUCCACACGUGGGUAGCUGCACAAAGAAGAAUCUUCACACUCCCACAGAAAAACCAACAAACUCAGACUUGAUCGAAUGGUGCACUCCCUGCUUUCCUCAUCUCAGAACUGGUUUUGUCAGCUUCACUGACUGUGAAAGCAAUGGGAGGGGGAAAAAAGAAAGAAAUGCAAUGAUCUCACAACGAAGCAUAGACAAUAGUGCAGCUAAUGGAAACCCCAUUCAUUGUUAAUCUAUAGAGAGAGAGUUCUGUGAUACACAUAGUGUGAAGUAUACUGGCAAGAACCAAUCUUGGCAAGGAAACAAAAGGCAAAAGAAUGGAACUGUCCUAAUUGACCGGUCUCAGAAUGUCCUUCCAACGAGUGUUCUUCCAUUUUUUUGAAACCCUUCCCCCACUUUCCCUCUUUCCCCCCUCAACUGCAGAUUUGUGUUGGACAAAUUGUAUUGGCCACACACUUAAAAGAAAACAAACAAACAUCUUAAUCACCAAAAAGCACAAAUAAUACAAUAAAAAUCAAAAGUCUGGAAGAAAUGAAUCAAAGGGAGACAUCUGCAUAACUAAUGUUUGUCUUCAGUAGAGGAGCCCUGAGAAUCUCCAGGCUGCAGACAAUGUGUGUUUGUGUUUAUAAAGCGUAGGAAUCUGCGACACCUGUUUGCAAGGGAUCCCUCUGCUUAGACAUACAGACUCGGAAAAAAAAACUUUAAAUUUGUUUUGGGGUUUUUUGUGGGGGUUUUGGUUUCCAAUCACUACCAUUUGUGACUGUGUUGUUAUCCAAUUGUUGACAUGAUUAUUUUUAUCCCAUAUAUCCAUUCAAAGCAGAAAAAGAGCGGGGAGGGAGUGUAAAAAGUUUUCUGUCUCCCAGAGCCUUCAGUGUGUUCCAUCUCUGUGUCAUUAGAUCCUCUGUACUGCACAAUACAUAGCAGGACAAGCUGGAUGAAGGCGGGGAAGAGCUCACUGCCGGAUGGGGAGAGUGACAUCACUCUUGACAUUUUUUUUUUUUUAAGAGCUUGAAAGGAGCAUUGAAAUUGGACAGACACCUUAGAGCUUCUCUUUUGUUUUGCUUUGUGUUUUGUUUACAAGACUGUUACAAGUAAUUAAGCCUUUUUCCGCCCUGUUUUUUUAACUCUUUAGCAGCCCAGGAUGUUUUAUUUUUCAAGAAGGAUGGGCCUGGGGAGAAUAAGUAAUUGUUGGUAGGUUACUACUGCCCUCAACAGACCCUGCUGCCACAAUCACUGUCUUGCCCUUGUGAUCUGUGCAUCUCGUGUGGUUGCUUCUCCUGCAUGAGCUUCCUAUUGCUUCGGUGCCCAUUUUUGUGCGCGCGCUCUCAUAAAUUAUGUACAGUAGCCGUGUAAAAAGUGCAUGUGUGCCAACUUUGCCCUCGUGGUGCGACAUUUCAGCUUUUGCCCACUGUACAGUUAUUGCUUUCUUUAUUACAAAAGCAAAUUUGACCACCACCACCCCAUCCCACAUCCCAUCAAAUAGUCCCUUAGCUGUUCUGAACAAUGUUUUAAACUUAACUGCCAGAUGGAAUUUUGUUAGGAUUUUUUUUUGUCCGUUUGAAUAUGUAAUCUCUCACCCUCCCUCUCCCCUGCUUCCCCCCGCCCCCCAUUUCUCUUUUAGUUUGCAACGCUGUAAAUGGCAUGACACAUGCUUACAGUUCUGGAUUUGCUUUCCUCACCAAAGUCAAUAUUUGUAAAUUCUUUGCGUAUUUUUUGUUAACAUUUCCCACUACUGCUGUACAUGCAUCGUGAUAUAUAUAUAUGCUAGUCCGCAGCACCUUGCUGUAGAUAUUAAAGGAAAUGGCGGUUUAGUUCUUUUAUUUUGCAAUAGGCGUAUUGAAUUUGUCAAACAUUUUAUGUAGAGGUGUUUCCACGCUUAUAUUUUUCCUGUUUUAUGGUUUUUUUAAAAGGCGCUGUUCAUUAUGCAAAAUCAAUUAUUUUAAGAAUUGCUAUUGUAAAUAUCUUUGUGAAUAUUUUAGGAUCGUCUUUGAUUAUAUUCAGCAUUUUCAUCAUCUGGUUAUCCUUUUGCUGGUGUUUUUAAAUACCUUGUCUGGGGGGGAAAAAAGGGGGGGUCCUUUAAAAAAAAAAAAAAGUAGGGUUCUUUAACAGAAUGAGGGAGCAUUUUUUUCUUUAAUAAAUUAGCCCAAUUUUCAUAUCCAUUUAUCAAAUGACUUGAUACAUCAGGCAGUACCUGGGCAAUCAGGUUCCAGCUCUGUCAUGCAAACUGAAUAAUAAUUUCCUGGGGCAAAAAAUAAUCUUCAUUGACUGUGUGGGUGAUUAUGGGCUGGUUAGUGGCAGACAUUUUGCCUAAAUCAGCAGAACCCAAAGAGCCAGCCCUGAAAACAAGUAAACUUGCCCUAAGGCAAGCAGCAAGUAUAUAAGAUACAAUAUGUAUAUCAUUUUCUGGUCCUCCAGCCUUUGAGACUGGAGCUAACACUUAAGGGUGUUGGUGGGUGGGGCAGGGAAACAGUACAGUAUGUUUUAUUCUGCUUAGAACUGUCUUUUUCUUCUCUAGACUUGACCACCUGUAGAGGAUCUCUGCAGAAUGUUAAAGAUAUCUUGGUAUAAUACAUGGUGACGUGGUUGUGGUGUAGUGCCACUCUCACGCAAUUAGUAGGAAAGACCAUCCUUCAGUUACCAAUGUGUUUUGUAGCCGGUUUUACUGUAGUAGUUUUCCCCCUGUAUUUUUGCUGCAUCAUUUAUGUAGGUGUUGAAGUCAUUUGCAUGGGCGGAUAAUGAUAAACUGACUUUGUAUUGCCUUUAGGUAUUUGGGGGUUUUUAGUCAUAGAUCUUGGAAUAAAGAACACUUCUCACUCUGAGUUGGAAUUGGUUGCUCGGAUUCUGUAAUUGAUUCUGUUAAUGAUUAUUUAAUUGCUCUACCCCAUUGUUGCUCGAGCAGCUGGCUAAAUUAGUCACCUGAAAUGAUUCGUCUAUUAAAAUGAGCCUAUGCUUUUCAAACCAGAUAUGUUAAGAAUCAAUCUAUUGCUAAUUGGUAGUCGUCUAACUGUAUCGUGUAGAGGUACCUGUUGGGAAACAUAAACAGAAAAACCCACAGAGAACAGCAACGUGGGUGGGGUGGUUUUCUACGUUGUACAUUAAUAACAGAGAAUUAAAUGAACAUUUUAAGCCUACAGAAACACUUGGUUCCUAAGCAAAAGUGACACUAGGAUUUUUAGCCAUCGUCAAACUGUCAGAAAUUUGAGACAGUUUCAAAACUGUUCGUCAGCUGACGUCAGGUACUGUACAAUAGAUUCAGUAUGAAAAAACUUCUAAAUGAAAACAUGGAUAAUUCUUAAUCUGUUCACUGCCAUAAUGUUAAAAUGUAGGGAAAGAUCUACCAAAUAGGAUAAUCACAGUUAUUUUCCUUUAAAGCUUAAUUAUUAUAUCAAAUUCCCAGUAGUGUUUUAAUCUGUUUUUUUGGUUUUUAAAAAUUGUUUCCUUAUGGAAGCUCAUCUGGGAAAGAACCCACAACAAUCUACAGUUCUGCUGCCAAGACGUUAUUAUAGGACUGACCGAUACACACCGAUGUCUGCAGUGGAGACUCAAGGGACAUCUGUACAUAUGUAAAUGAUGAAUAGAGACAUGUUAACAGAAACGCAUUCAUUUUCCUUGGAAUGUGCAUUGUUUUUAUUUUGCAGGAAAAAAAAAAGCUUGAAGCUCCAUCUUAUGUGGAAAAUGAAUCCUAUUCGUUAGCGUUUGUGAAGUCUCAGCAUUUGUUUCACUUUCACUUCUGUAAUAUACUCUGACCCUUUGUGGAAAGAAUUUUUUGUUUUGUUUGUUUUUGUUUUACCUACAUGUAAUAAUUAGCUUAAGUGUACUAGUCUAUCACCUGUGUAUUUUUAGGGUGCUACAGAAAUAAUGAAGAAAAUAAGGGGAUUUAAAAAAAUUGUAACCAAAUUCAUACUUUGUACAAUUUUUGAUAUCAUGAUCAGAGGAGAAUUUAAAAAAAAGUACAAUCUGAAGUAACAUGCAAAAAUGGCCAUUGUCUUUGUUUGUACAUUGUAUGUACAGUACAAUGCAAUCAUUUCAUACUUUAAACUGGUCAGAAAAAAUAAUUGUGAUUUUUAGUCUUGCAAAACUGUAUGUAGUUAGAUGAUGUGACAACCUAAUAUUUAUCUAAUAAAUAUGUAUUCAGAUGAAACCUGUA